AAAAGGGUCCUCACAUCUCUCAGUCUUGCACUACACAACACAACCUAGUACUCUUUAGUUGACUACUAAGUUUCUUCUGUGAUCUGUCCAAAGCCUUCUCGGACACCAAACCCCAAUCUCGCAGAGUAAACCCAAACUUCAAAUUUGCUAUUUUUCUUACAAAAUUUAACCACAAGAUUCACUGAAUUCUCAAAUUCCACACAUUAUUACCCUUCUUGUUCACUUUUUACCCACCCUUUCUGUCUUUCAAGAAAUACCCAGUUUCAGUUUCCCCCAAUUCCAAUACCCAUAAAAAACCUGACCUUUUAUUCGUAUUUUUCAUCAUCAUUAUAAAUUAUUAUCCACUUUUUCUGAUUAUCGGAUCAUACUUUCGCUCUUCACUUCCCUCUUCUCGUGUUUCUUGAAUACGGGAAAAUAAAUUGGAAUUUUGAGAAUAUAUUUUCUUGAUAAUUUGUCAAAGUUCAUAUUUUUUGGGCGAAAACCCCCCUGCCUUCAGUUUUCUUCUUAAGGGCUUGUUGCUUGUUCUGUGCAACCUCAUGAUCUCUGCGGUGUACCCUCCGUAGACCGUCCUCUCUCCGAUCCGGUCAUGUCCUCCGACCAACAACCCUCUGCUUCUUCUCCGAUCCAUUCGCAGAACCCGACCGGCCUGAGCUCUGAUAACAAGGUGGAGAGCAGGAGCUCGGCCAACAGCAACCAAAGUAAUAGCACCAAGAAUAAUGGGAACAAUGAUAGUAAUAGCAAUCAUUUUGUAGUUAGGAGGGAGAGGCCGGCUAGGGAAUGCACGAAACGGGCGGCUGCAAGGCUGCAGGCGGCCGCGGCGGCCGAGGCUGAUGCGGAAGCGGCAGCAAAGGAGCGGAGGAAGAAGGCCGCGGCUAGGAAGGAGAGGUUGGCUGCUAGGCUGCUGAGGGAGGAAGAGGAGGAGGAGGAGGAGAAGUCGAAUGGGAGCGAGGAGGAUGAGGAGGGAGUGGAAGGGGAGGAUGGGUCACCCUCUUCGUCACGCCAGCAAUGUGGUAAGGUUGUGACGCCGCUGGUUGGAGAGCCAGAGCCUUCACAGUUGCCGCGGUGGAACCUCCGCUCCAUGUGGCAGUUGGCUUCUAUACUCAAUUUCUUGAAUGUUUUUAGACCUUUGUUGAACAUUAAAGCAGAGUUCUCAGUGGAGGAAUUUGAAACUGCUUUGAUUACACCCAAUAAUACUCUUGCAGACAUACACAUACCACUAUUGAAGGCAAUCCCUCCUGUUACUCGAAUGGCUCUUGGGCGCCAUACUUGGAUAACUGUUUUAUGCAGAAAAUUAAGAGAUUGGUGGCAUUGGGUUGCAGAGGGGGAACUUCCUAUAGUUGCAUCACAUGGGACUGAGGUUGAUGCUUACAAUACACUAGAUCCUGCUGUCCGUGUGGUUAUUCUGAAAGCAUUAUGUGAUAUUCGUGUUGAGCAAGAAGAUAUACGUAACUAUAUCGAUGAGUCCCUAAAACAAGGUUUUCAACUUUCAUUAUUCCGCAAACAACGAAUAGGUGGUGAUUCGCAUGGAAUCUCUUAUUGGUAUGAAGAUGAUCCCGUGAUUGGUCAUCGACUUUACCGAGAGAUUAGAAAAGUUGAGGUGAAGAAAGGGAAGGGGAAAACUGUACAACCUAUUCCUAAUUCAUGUUAUCAGUGGGAAACUGUCGCAACUAGUUUGGAUGAAUUCCAGGAUGUUUCUGAGAAACUCUUUUCAAGUUCGAAUAGAACAGAAGUUUCUGUUGGGAAAAAGUUGAAAAAUGACAUGCUUCCCGAGGUUGAGAAGGUCCACAAGAAAAAAGAGAAAUUGUUGAAGAAGCAGCACAGGCAAGCUUUGAUGCUUGACAAUAUGAUUCAUAUGGAUGGCCUUCUUGCUGGGCGCUCUCUUCGUGAUCGAAAGCCCGUGACCUACACUUUUGAUGAUUAUGAUAGAUCAAUUAACGAGGCCAUCAAAGUAACCAAAAAGAAGCAGCCAUCCCCAGAACCAAAUCUGAGAAGGGAAUCUUCUUUGAGACAUGAAGCUUCUGCAAAUGGUAGAUGGGCAGGUCCUUCUGAAUUUACACAAAUGUCUUUCAAAUUACACUCUCCUAAGUCGCCUGAAAACGAUGGAAUUGACAACUACCAUGAAGCUGAACCACUAGACCGCGGGAACCGACAAAGGCAUAAACCUCAACGGUAUUCUGCCCAAGAGUUUGUUGAAGCAAUAUCUGAUAAUGAUGCAGACUUUGACAGUGAUGAUGAUAUAGUUGGUGAAGUUGUAUAUGAUGAAGAAUAUCUAAGGAGUCGGAAAAAGCGGAGGAAGAUGUCAAGUAGCUCAGAAGGAGAUGAAGAGUACCACUGGGAUGAAGAAAAUGUUGAAGAAGAAGAAGAAGAGGAAGAUGAAGAUGAAGAUUCCUUAAGUGCAAGUGAGGAGAGCGAUGAGCCCCGAAAGUUCAAGAAACUGCCCGGGCGCACUAGGAGGGAAAGUAAAUUGAGGUCCGUUGGUGCACUCCAGUCAGGUUUAAGACGUAGUAAUAGAGCAACAAGAAACCGUAUCAACUAUAAACAGUACGAGCUGUCAGAUUCUGAGACCGAAUCGAUGAAACCUGAGACAUCAAAUGCUUCAGAUGAGCACUACAAUGCUACUGAUAAUGAUAAUGAGAAUGAGAAUGAUAAUGCUGACUCCUCAUCCGAAAGUGCAGAGUCGAAGGAAGAUGAUAACAACGAGGAAAUGAAAAUCGACCCACAAGUUGAGAUGCCAUCUGAGGAGGCCAUAACCAAAGAGGAAGCUGAAGCUGAUACUGAUCUGCCAAAGAAACCACCGAGCCCAGAUCAAGAUGAAGUUGAAGGUGGACAAAAGCGGCACUUUCUUGACCUAAACGAGCUCGCCCCAGGUUCUGGUUUCGAUGAUGCUCCUCCCAAUUCAGAGGUGAAAGACAAUGGCGCAGCAGAUGAGUUUUGAACAAGUUAUCCCCUUUAGUGCUUUUGUUUUGCAGAAGCUGAGAUUGUAUGAUAAUUGACUUAUAAAUUUUCCAGAGCACCCACUUCAGAGAUGGAAGUGAUGCAUGCAUGCAGUAGUGUUCUCUCUUCUCUUGGCAAAUUUUAAAAUCGGCUAUGAGGCUUGCUUCGCGUUUACUCUUAUUAUAUGAUGAUGCUGAGGAAUUACGUAGAUUCAGUUAGCCAUUGUUUUAGAACAUCUAAAUUUGAGUCAAUGGGGUAUGCAUGGGAAAUUUGUUGUUUCUGGGCUCUGCCUCUUACCCCUAUCUCUGUACAAUAGCCUUUUAACUUAAUAUUGUAACAAACAUAUUCACAUUUUUAUGCUCAAAAUCUUCUCUUUUUUCCC